AUGAAACAGGAUUAUGACAAAUUAAAAACUGACUUGAACGAUAAGGACAGCUAUAUUCUUAGACUUCAGAGAGGCUCUAGAAGUUUUGAAGACAUAGCCGUUGACAGAGAGGAACAAUUACAGAAAAAAAUAGAUUCGUUCAUUAUUCUUAAUGAUAAGUUGAAGCAGGAUAUAUCCCAGCUUAGGAGCGAGAAUGUUAGUAGACAGCAGGUAAUAAAAACCAGGGAAGAGCAAAUUAAGAAGAAAGAUCUGAAGAUCACAGAAAUUACAAAUAAAAACAUAAAACUGUCUAACUUAAUUAAAAAUAUGGAGUCUGAAGCAGGAACUCUGGCAGGAAAACUGAAAAAUGUCAGCGUACCGAGGAGCAAAAUGCAAAAUUGUAGUAUUCUUGGAGAAAUAUUAGAUGAAACAAUAAACAACUCAAAUGAUGAAUGUUUUUUGCAUGGCCAUACUGAGUGUGAAGUUAGGAUAAGAGUUUUAAAGCAGGAGAUUGAUGAACUAAAUAAAACAAUUAACAAUAACGUGGACUCGACUGGGAAGAUUAUGCAGUUAGAAACUCUCAUAAAAUCCCUUGAGGAAGAAAACUCAAAGCUACAACAAAAAGCAAGAGAACAACAAGAUAAAUGUACGGAAAUUGAGGAGCUGAAGACUAAGAUGAAAACAGCAGAAGUAAUAAUUUCACAGUACUCAUACUCCCUGCAAAGCAAAAAUGAUAAAACUUCCAAGCUCAGAGACGAACUGGAGGCAUUGAAGAAUGAAUUUAAAAACAUGACUACAACCAUCCGAGUUUUGGAGAUAGCAAAUAGGACGUACGAGGAGGAAAUUAUUGAAUUAAAGGGAGAUAAUAUAACACAUCAGGGUGAACAGACAAAACAUGAGAGUGAAGCUGAAAGCAAAAAUAAUCAUAAAAACCCUAAAAAUAAUAAAAAGCAGAGAAAGCAAUAUAACAACAAUAAUAUAAAUAAAAGCAACAAUAAUGAAAACAAAAAUAACAUUGAUAAUGAAAAGUCCGACGAACUCACUGAAACAAUCCAGAGGAUGGAAAGGGAACUGGCUAGUCAGAAGAAGGAACAGCGAAGAUAUGAGGAACUUUUAAAGAAAUAUCAGGAUUUGAAAAUAAAAUUUAAAGAAUGUGAGAGGAAGUUAGAUGUUUUAAAGAAUAAAAAUCAAAGUAGUAAGAUAAACAUGCAGAGGGACGCCAGGGACAGGGAAGAGAAAAUGAAGAAUAAGGAGACUCAUGUGGGAAAAGAUCAACUUAACGAUAAUGUGUCAAAUGUGAUUAGAGUGGAAGAGGCUGAACGUUUAAGGAGAGAAAUUGUGGAUAAAACUUCAUCCCUCAUUCAUAAUCCUUGCAAAAUUUCUAAAACUUCGCAUCAGGGUUCUGCUUAG